AUGCUACCAAGGAUACUGAUGUGGAUACAAGUGGCCGCGAUUGUACUACUUUGUUGCAGCCAUCAGUCAUGUAGUAUAAAGUUAACGUUGGACAGCUUUGAGCAAACGCUUGGUACCGAUGUUAUGUGGCUCGAUCUGCGAGUGAGAAAGUAUAACCGAACAUGCUCGGUAAUCAACGGUACUAUUCACAUCCUGCAGGAACAUAACAACGACUAUCGGUUUGAUUUGGACAUAUUUUACAGUCGACUUGGCAAUCAACAGUUCAACCAUAUGCCAAUAAAACUUCCCAGCUCGGGAAUAUGUGAUUUGAUCGAACAUAUGUACGCAAACUAUCGGGACCAGAUGUCAAUUAUUGUGAAUGGACCAGUGGAAGGAGAGUGUCCGAUGAGAAUACGUGAAAUGUAUAUAUUUGAUACCGAAUUCCCUACCGAAGUCAUACCACGCGCAUUAAUUAGAAAUGGACUGUGGAAGGCGUUAGUGAGGUGCUAUCUCGAUGAAAAGGAGAUCAUGAGUUACAAUGUAGUUUUAAAGGCUAGCGAUGACUUAUAA